AUGCAGCGGGGCGGCGCGUGCGCGUGGCUGGGCGCGCCGUGCUCGCGCAGGAACGGCGCCGUGUGUGCCUGCCGCGUGCACACCGUGCUGCUGCAGGCCCCCCCCCAACCCCCCCUGGCACACUCCCAGGGCGGUCUGCGCGUGGCUGGCGCGCCGUGCUCGCGCAGGAACGGUGCCGUGUGUGCCUGCCGCGUGCACACCGUGCUGCUGCAGGUCAGUGUGCGGCUGCAGGUGACGCGUGUGCAGCACGUGCGCGAUGCAGCAGGGCGGUGCGUGCGCGUGGCUUGGCGCGCCGUGCUCGCGCAGGAACGGCGCCGUGUGAGCCUGCCGCGUGCACACCGUGCUGCUGCAAGUCAGUGCGCGCAACCGCCACGUAUUUAA